GGGACCUUCAUGCUGUCUUGGACCUUGCAAAGGUUGCCGACUCCCUCCUGUUCAUCCUGGAUGCUGCAGAUGGCUGGGACAGCGUGGGGGAGCACUGCCUCUCCUGCCUCUUCGCACAGGGGCUCCCCAGCUACGCUCUCGCCGUCCCUGGGGGCACCGACUUGCCCCCCAAGAAGCGGAUAGACGUCAGGAAGAAGCUCUCCAAAGCCUUGGAGAAGCGGUUUCCCGAGGCCAGGCUCUUCCCCCUGAACACGGAGCAGGAGUCCUCUCUGCUGCUGAGGCACCUGGCCACCCAGAAGCAGCGGCGCCUGGCGUUCCGGGACAGGCGUGCUCACCUGCUCGCCCACGCCGCCCGCUUCGUGCCCGCGCAGGACAGCGACUCGGUUGGCACCCUGAAGGUGUCCGGCUUUGUCCGUGGGCAGACCCUCAACGUGAACAGCCUGGUGCAUAUUGUGGGGCACGGAGACUUCCAGAUGAGCCAGGUGGAUGCCCCCCCCGACCCCCUCUCUCUGAACCCCCGUGUGAUGAAGGGCCAGAAGAGGAGUCAGGACAUGGAGGUACAGGAUGACUCUCUAAAUGGUGACGAUGAGAUGGAGGAAGAUGUUAAGGUCUUGAUGAAAGCAAAUCCAAGCAAGCAGGAGUCUUUGCAGUCAGAAGUGGUUCCUGAUCCCAUGGAAGGAGAACAGACGUGGCCUACUGAAGAAGAACUACAAGAGGCAGAGGCUUCUCUGAAGGCAAACAGGAGGGUCGUGAAGGUCCCCAAAGGCACAUCCAAGUACCAGGCUGCCUGGAUUGUGGAUGAUGGAGAAGAAGGCAGUGAGAAAGAUGAUGUUGAUGACGAAGAUGAUGACAUUGAUGAUGACAUGAUGGAAGAAGCAGUUUCCCAGGAGGGGGAAAGCAGCGAGGAGGAGGAGGAAGCUGCAGAGGAGGAGUGUGAGACUAUGACCGUUUCGGAGUGCUUGCGGGACGACCAGUACGACGAGAAGGUGGAGGAGGACGAGCAGAUGCUGGAGAGAUACAAACAGGAGAGGAUGGAUGAAAUGUUUCCAGAUGAGGUGGACACGCCACGUGACGUACCUGCCAGAGUCCGAUUCCAGAAGUACAGGGGGCUGAAGAGUUUCCGGACUUCUCCAUGGGACCCCAAAGAGAAUCUCCCAAGGGAUUAUGCCAGGAUUUUCCAGUUCCAGGACUUCUCCCGGACCAGGAAGCACCUUUUCCGGCAAAUAGAGAAAGAGGAGACCGAAGGCGCCUCGGUCGGCUGGUACGUUACACUUCAUGUCUGCAAUGUCCCUGUCUCAGUGAUGGAGAGUUUCAAAGAAGGGAAGCCCUUAGUCCUCUUCUCACUGCUUCCCCAUGAACAAAAGAUGUCUGUCUUGAAUUUCCUGGUGCGGCGGCACCCGAGCAACAGCGAGCCAGUGAAGGCAAAGGAGGAGCUGAUCUUCCACUGUGGGUUCAGGCGCUUCCGAGCGUCCCCCCUGUUCUCCCAGCACACCUCAGCUGAUAAGCACAAGCUGGAGCGUUUCCUGCGCCCGGACGCUGCCCUGGUGGUGACGGUUUAUGCGCCCAUCACUUUCCCUCCUGCCUCUGUGCUCCUCUUUAAACAGAGAUGUAAUGGUAAGUUGGACCUCAUUGCCACGGGCUCUCUGCUUUCCGUGGACCCCGACAGAAUCGUCGUCAAGCGGCUGGUGCUGAGUGGCCACCCUUUCAAGAUCUUCACCAAGACGGCCGUGGUGCGAUACAUGUUCUUCAGCAGAGAGGAUGUGAUGUGGUUUAAGCCAGUGGAGCUGAGGACAAAGUGGGGUCGUAGAGGACACAUCAAGGAGCCAUUAGGCACCCACGGUCACAUGAAGUGCCACUUUGAUGGACAGCUGAAGUCCCAGGACACGGUGCUACUGAACCUCUACAAGCGCGUUUUCCCUAAGUGGACUUAUGACCCCCACGUCCCGGAGCCCGUGCCCUGGGUAAGGAGUGAGAGCACCCUGCCCCUGGAGGAGGUGGAGAUGGAGUAA